UUAUUUCCAUGAGGCAAAAAAGAAAGAAACAGAGAAAGUGAAAUCAAAUCAAAAUGAAAACAAGAGAGAAACCAAAACACACAAAGAAGAACAUGUCGUGGUCACAAGAACAAGAAGGAAGAGGAAGAAGAAGAAGAGCACAAGCACAACCAAGCCAAGUAGUGGGGUUUGUUUUCUUAAUUGCCUCAUUCAUGAUCCUCACAACAACCUUAACCUCCACACCGACAACCUCAGCUUCUGCUACUCCCACCACCAACAACAACGAUGAUGUUGCAGUAGUAACCUUGUUAACCUCGUUCAAGACAUCCUAUGUUUCCUCUGACCCAUACAACUUUCUCUCAACCUGGUCCGCCGCCGCCACCUCUCCCUGCUCCUGGCGCGGCGUUUCCUGCUCCGCCGCCGGCGAUGUUACCACCGUCAACCUCACCGGCGCUUCCCUCACCGGCACGCUUCACCUCCCGACCCUGACUUCAAUACCCACUUUGCAAAACCUUCUCUUACGCGGAAAUUCCUUCAACGCUUUCAACUUCUCCGUUUCCUCUUCUUGUUCCCUCACCACCCUCGACCUCUCAGCUACCAACUUCUCCGGCGAGUUCCCGUUUCACGACCUCACUCCCUGCCGCGGCCUCAACCACCUCAACCUCUCCCGGAAUUUCAUCACCGGCGCCGCCGCCCAAUAUCACUCUCGCAGUUUUGGUCCUUCUUCUCUGCUUGAGCUUGACGUUUCGAGGAAUUUGUUUUCUGAUUUUAGCUUUGUGGCGUCUGCGGUUGCGGAUUGUGGCGGUUUGGUUAUGCUGAAUUUCUCUGACAACCGAGUUGCGGGUCAACUCAGUGAGUCGCUUGUUCCUUGCGCGAACCUUUCUACUCUGGAUAUUUCCCACAACCUGCUUUCUGGGAAGAUACCCCCUCGUAUUGUGGGAGAUGCUGUUGAGGUUUUGGAUCUGUCAAGCAACAAUUUUUCUGAUGGGUUUUCUGGGGUUGAUUUUGGGAAGUGUGAGAGGCUUGUUUGGUUGAGUUUCUCUCACAAUGAGCUUUCAAGUGGUGAGUUUCCACCGAGUUUGAGCAACUGCAAGGUGCUGGAGACUGUUGAUUUUUCCCACAAUGAGCUCAGGUUGGAGAUUCCUGGGGUUCUUCUUGGUGGGUUAAGGAGUUUGAAGGAACUGUUUCUUGGGCAUAAUCAGUUUUAUGGUGUGAUACCUAUGGAGCUUGGAAUGGCUUGUGGGACUUUGGAAGUGCUUGAUCUGUCUCAGAAUAAGCUUUCUGGUGAGUUGCCUUUGACAUUUGGGAAGUGCUUUUCUUUGAAAAGUCUAAACCUUGCUAAGAAUUAUCUCUCUGGAAACUUCCUUGCCUCAGUUGUCAGCAACAUUUCAAGUCUCAGGUAUCUCUAUGUGCCAUUUAACAACAUAACUGGGUCUGUUCCAUUGUCUCUUGCCAAUUGUACACAGCUUCAGGUUCUUGACCUCAGUUCCAAUGCCUUCACUGGCAAUGUCCCUUCCGGGAUUUGCUCUUCUCUUUCGAACUUGGAGAAGAUGCUUUUGGCUGGCAAUUACCUUUCAGGGGAGGUUCCUGCUGAGCUUGGUGGGUGCAAGAGUUUGAGGACAAUUGAUUUCAGCUUUAACAAUCUGAAGGGCUCAAUACCCUUGGAAGUUUGGUCCUUGCCUAAUCUUUCUGACUUGAUUAUGUGGGCAAACAACCUCAGUGGGGAGAUUCCUGAAGGAAUCUGUGUCAAUGGAGGGAACCUUGAGACCUUGAUUCUCAACAAUAACUUCAUCUCAGGCUCCAUUCCUCAGUCAAUUGCUAAUUGCACCAACAUGAUUUGGGUGUCCCUCGCUAGUAACCGGAUCACCGGGGGAAUUCCUGCUGGUAUUGGGAACCUGAAUGCACUUGCAAUCCUCCAACUAGGUAACAAUUCACUCACUGGAUUAAUCCCUCCAGCGAUUGGGAAGUGUAAGACGCUCAUAUGGUUAGAUUUGAACAGCAAUAACCUUACUGGUACUGUCCCACAUGAGCUUUCCAAUCAAGCUGGAUUGGUUAUUCCUGGGAGUGUUUCAGGGAAGCAGUUUGCAUUUGUGAGAAAUGAAGGUGGAACAAAUUGCAGGGGAGCUGGGGGGCUAGUUGAAUUUGAAGAUAUCAGGGUGGAGAGGCUUGAAGGUUUUCCUAUGGUUCACUCCUGCCCAUUAACAAGAAUCUACUCUGGUUUGACUGUUUACACCUUCCCCUCCAAUGGCAGCAUGAUCUACCUUGACCUUUCCUACAAUUUCUUGGAAGGAAGCAUUCCUGAAAAUUUGGGUGGAAUGGCCUAUUUGCAGGUCUUGAAUCUGGGACACAAUAGGCUGAUUGGGAAUAUUCCAGAGAGUUUUGGUGGUCUUAAAGCUAUUGGAGUGCUUGAUCUCUCCCACAACAACCUUCAAGGAUUCAUCCCUGGCUCAUUGGAAAGUCUAUCUUUUCUCAGUGACCUUGAUGUGUCUAAUAAUAACCUCACAGGCUCCAUUCCUUCUGGGGGUCAGCUAACCACUUUCCCGUCAUCUAGAUAUGAAAACAACUCUAACCUUUGCGGCGUCCCGUUAGAGCCGUGUGGUGCGUCGAAUCACUCAACAGGUUUUCAUACUUUGAAGAAGAAGCAACCUGCUGCAGAAGGGAUAGUCAUUGGCCUUCUUCUGUUUCUCUUGGUUGUUCUUGGGCUUUUGUUAGCUUUCUAUCAAGUGAAAAAGAUCCGGAGGAAGGAGAAAAAGAGAGAAAAAUAUAUAGAAAGUCUUCCAACUUCAGGUAGCAGCAGUUGGAAGCUUUCAAGCUUUCCUGAGCCUCUAAGCAUCAAUGUUGCAACCUUUGAGAAGCCUCUGAGGAAGUUGACAUUCGCACAUCUUCUUGAGGCGACUAAUGGCUUCAGUGCUGAAAGCUUGAUAGGGUCUGGAGGGUUUGGUGAGGUCUACAAAGCUAAGCUAAAAGAUGGUUGUGUUGUUGCUAUCAAGAAGCUCAUUCAUGUGACGGGUCAGGGAGAUAGAGAGUUCAUGGCUGAAAUGGAAACUAUUGGGAAGAUUAAACAUAGGAACCUGGUUCCACUACUAGGUUACUGCAAAGUCGGCGAGGAGAGGCUUCUUGUGUAUGAGUACAUGAAAUGGGGAAGCCUUGAGGCUGUUCUACAUGAAAGGGGUAAAGGAGGCGGCACAGGAAGCCUUGACUGGGAAGCAAGAAAGAAGAUAGCUAUAGGGUCAGCAAGAGGUCUUGCAUUUCUUCACCAUAGUUGCAUACCUCAUAUCAUACACAGGGACAUGAAGUCCAGCAACGUUCUCCUUGAUGAAAAUUUUGAGGCUAGAGUUUCAGAUUUUGGCAUGGCAAGAUUGGUGAAUGCCCUUGACACUCAUCUCACAGUGAGCACACUUGCAGGAACACCAGGUUAUGUACCUCCUGAAUACUACCAGAGUUUUAGAUGCACUGCAAAAGGGGAUGUCUAUAGUUAUGGUGUCAUACUGCUGGAGCUUCUAUCAGGGAAGAGGCCGAUUGACUCGGUGGAGUUUGGUGAUGACAACAAUCUUGUUGGAUGGUCGAAGAAGCUUUAUAGAGAGAAAAGAAUCAUUGAAAUUCUUGAUCCUGACUUAAUUGUGCAAACAUCUAGUGAAAGUGAGCUAUGUCAGUAUUUGAAAAUUGCUUUUGAAUGUCUAGAAGAAAGACCGUACCGGAGACCAACCAUGAUACAAGUGAUGUCGAUGUUUAAAGAGCUUCAGGUUGACACUGAUAAUGAUGUGCUUGAUAGCUUCUCUCUGAAGGACAAUGUUAUUGAUGAAGCAUGAGAAAAGGAUCUUUUGGUCUCUACCAUACUCAAGAAGCCCUUUGACAAUGAAAGAAGAGAAGGUUCUGAACAUUAGAUUGUUGCUGAACUAAGUUGACAAAAUCUGGUGACAUUGAUCUAUCUUUUGUGUGGAAUUGUAGAAGGGCCACAUGACAUUAUUCUUGCUGUAUAUAAGACAUGUUUGGAUCAGCUCAUUUUUCCUCAAAAUCAAUUCUUGCAUCCAGAAUCUACUACAAAAGAUUCUUCCCAUAAUUGAUUUUGGCUUCAGAAUCAAUUAUAGAUAUUUUCCAAAUAUGCACUUAAUGAGAUUAAGAGGUCGAAGGUGAUCGUCGACUACAUGGAAGGUUGAGCCCUGAGAGUAUAGACAGAGUUUCAUGUUCUGUUGUAUGCUGAAAGAGUAUUCAGUCACUUGAAAUUGGUAAAACAUGUUUUUCGCAUGUGAACUUCUGUCAUUCCAUCGUUAACCUCAAUUUUGCUGAUGACUUCAAAAUUUUGUUUACCAGUUCCAUGAGGUUCUCUGUUACUAUCACAGUUUUGCUCACUUGUGUUUUGAUUCAUAUGUUGAAACUGCCAAUUUUUGUUAUUUAUAGAAAGCUAAAAACUGUUGUAAGUACAAAUGAAUUUUUCAGUGAUUUUACCUUACUAUUUGGUUGCAA